GAUAUUGACCAAUUUAGUUGCACACUUGCUUUAGAAAAGUCAACACAAAAUUUCAACAAAGUGAAAAUGAAUUCAAUAUUUUGUGCAUUGUUCGUGUUGUCUUUGACAAUAACCAAUAUUGGAUCACAAUCAGUGGAAUGUGAAGGAGAAGAAUUUGCACCCCAUCCCUUCUAUUGCGACGGGUAUCUUAGUUGUUCUCAUGGUUACUUCGUUGAAAUGUUUUGCCCUCCUGGCCUUUAUUUUAAUGCAGACAUUAAUGUUUGCGACUGGCCAGAGAACGUAAUCUGCUCACCUAGUUCAGAAACACCUCCGAGCUGGAAUACAACAACACCAAGCUGGAAUACAACAACACCAAGCUGGAAUACAACGACUCCAAAUGGGAAUACAACAACACCGGACUGGAGCACAACAACACCGACCUGGGACACAACGACACCGAGCUGGAAUUCCACUACUUCAAACAGCACUUUUAGCACUCCCGUCGAUCCAACGGAAACAACUCCAGAUUGGGGAACGAGUGACGUCUGGAAUACCACUACUUCAAACAGCACAGAUCAACCGACUGAAACAGCUCCGACCUGGGAAACUACUGAAGUCUGGAAUACCACUACUACAAACAGCACGUUUAGUACUCCAGAGAAUCCAACUGGAACGUUUCCCGGUCAACCGACUGGAACAACUCCGGGAACUUUUGUCUCAACUGCACUCCCUUAAAAAUUAAAUACUUCGAGUUCAACAAAAUUCUAAGAUUGUAAUUUUGUUUUUAAUUUUUAUUUCAAACUUUUGUACUAAGCGAAGGAUUAAA